UAGCGGAAAUUCCACUGGCGAGCAUGAUAUAAACGUGUACCCAUGUCUACAAGAGACAAGACUUCGUUAGUGAAGUGUAGACGUAAAACACCAACCAACCAACCAACCAACCUACAGGGAACACACAGAGUCAGGCAUGGAUACUGGACGUGUUUUAUGGCUGGUCAUCGCUACCAUUAUGAUACUAGACUUUUCACAUGUCAGAUACAUAAUUAAAGACAAAUCUAUAGAGGAUAAAAAUAAGUUAGCGGUGACAGGCGACACUUACAAACUUGAAAUCAACAAACAAAAAGUAGAAGAUGACGCAUCCAUAUUGACGACAUACGACCAAAUAUUAAUCGUAUAUGAAAGCACUGUAGAGAAUGAUGAAACGAUGACAGACGACGAUAACAUACCAGUAGUCAACGAACAAUCAGUAGAGGAUGAACAUGAGGCAGCGACGACAGACGACGGGGUUCUCCGAACACCAAAAACCAUAAAAAAAAACACGAUAGUCUCUAGCUUGGCGGACCUUAGCCAUGAGCCAGAAAGUCCAACUGCGGAUAAAGAAACGGCAAGAACAGACAGGUCAAAUAUUCCAAGGUGCAAGACAAGACACAUGAUUGGAAAGAGAGACCUUCAUCAGUGGGAGACACUGCUGUAUGGUUGGUCAUAAAGUCACACACCAUCUCAUGAUCAUUAGAAUCAACUUAGUCCUAGUGAUCCUGUUUAGGGUUCAGCGGAAUGCAACUCCAGAUGAGUAAGGCAUUGCCAACCGGAGUAUCCAUAUCGGAAAGAUUUGCGAAAUACAAAUCCGAACUCUCCCAUAGUUCACAACCUGAGUUACAGCACCGGAGAAAUGCGUAAUGCAACUCCAGAUGAUCCAUGCAUUUACAACCGGGUUACCAUAUCGGAAAGUUUUAAGGAAUGCAAAUCCGAACACUCCCGGCGUUCACAACCUGAGUUACAGGUAAUCCAACUUCAGAUGAUGCAGGCAUUUACAAUCGGAGUUACCAUAUUGGAGUAUCCGACUUACCCGGGGUUCACAACUGGAGUCAAGGCAGUAGAAACAGAGCUUUUCUCUUUUAGAGACGGAUAGGAGUCACUCCAAGUCAGUUUUGUUCCAGUUUUCUGGUAGUCUUGAUCCCGAGUCGAAACCAAAUUUGUAUCAGACGAAUAUGGGAAGCAGCUUCGAUUUUCUUUAAACCCAGAAUUAGGGAGGAAAUAACUGCAAUACGUUCGUAUAUCAGUGAGAAUCUAGCGGGAAUGGAAACAAGCCCGUUUUUUAAAACCCGUCGUCAUAUCUCCUGUAGUCCUGUAGGAAGCAAAGAGUUAUGGAGGGUACGUGGUCCAUUUCUCUAAAUGGUCACGUGUUCCAGAGUGAAGCAAGUUACGAGGAACGUUUAUUUCCGACUCAAGUUCUAGUCCUAGUGCUAAUCGUCGUUACUUUGAACUAUGCAGCCCAUCAGUGUAUAUCCAGACAAUGCUCCGACACAACCAACAGUUUAUUUUGUCUGAUUAUGACAACGCACCUCCAAUAGCGUGUGUCAGAUCGCUUGUAUGGACACAGAAGUUAGACUCGUUUAUGUUAUUUGAUCUUAGUAACGUGUUUCUAUUACUGUGCAAAUGGUCAAUGGAAAUAUAAAAAGGUGUGUUUUAAUCAAAAUAACACAAUAAAUACGUUGCUUCCAUUGUACUUGAUGUAGCGUGUCAUUACUUUUGUACAUUUCAACACUCAACAUGUUCAUUAUCCAGGUCCAAUGAGCUGGUAUCUUUCAUUUCCUCAUAAUAAACCUGUUUCAUACUAA